AGACGUGGUACUACUUAGCCGGGUGAGUUGUUCCCGCAGUGGUAUCCUGGCGGCUGAUUGCAGCAUGGCUGCGACGUGGAAGAGGUUCUCAUUUGGUUCUUAUCCUCAUACUUCAGUCAUGCCGUCCUCGCAGCCAGUGUUCUCGACGCCUCUGACGCGCCUCUUCAAGAUUGAUCAUCCCGUCAUGCUUGCAGGCAUGAACGUCGCCGCAGGGCCUAAACUGGCUGCAGCAGUGACCAAUGCUGGCGGUAUUGGUGUUAUUGGCGGAGUUCGCCAGAGCCCCAAGAUGCUCCAGGAAUCCAUUAACGAACUCAAGAGCCAUCUGGAAGAUAAGACCGCACCAUUCGGCGUAGACCUCUUGCUUCCUCAAGUGGGUGGCAGUGCUCGCAAGACAAAUUAUGAUUAUACGGGUGGUCAACUUGACGUACUUUUGGACAUCAUUAUAAACAGCGGGGCUGCACUUUUUGUUUCUGCUGUAGGGGUGCCGCCCAAGCAAGCCGUUGACAAGCUUCAUGCUGCCGGAAUCCCGGUCAUGAAUAUGAUCGGUCAUCCAAAGCAUGCUAAGAAGGCCCUCGAGCAAGGUGUCGACAUUAUCUGUGCACAAGGUGGUGAAGGAGGUGGCCACACUGGCGAAACACCAUUUUCCAUUCUGGUACCUACCACUGUUGAUCUUUGCAAGAAUGCCAAAAGCCCCUUUACAGGUGGGCCGGUCAUCGUCGUCGCUGCCGGGGGUAUCGCGGAUGGCCGUGGUCUUGCUGCCGCACUUUCGUAUGGUGCAUCCGGUGUUUGGGUCGGCACGCGCUUUGUAGCUAGUACCGAAGCAGGUGCUCCUCCAAAACACAAGGAACUAGUUAUCUCAGCUGGUCAUGACGAUAUUGUCCGCACCCUGGUGUACAGUGGUCGUCCGAUGAAUGUGCGGAAGACUCCUUAUGUUGCAGAAUGGGAAACCCAACGACAAGGAGAAAUUGCAAAGCUUGUUGCACAAGGCCACAUCCCGCACGAAGUCGAACUAGAGAAUCAUCCCGAGAAAUCCCUAGAAGGUCGAAUGUGUAAGGAAGGCUCGUUUGGACCGUUUUGCUCGGUCUCACAUGUCCAUAUAUGCAGGGUUAAUGGGCAAAGUAGCAGGAUCCAUCAAUGUACGUCAGGUGACCGUAGUGAAAUGCGAUUGCUAAUGGAUCUUCACAGGAUAUCAAGCCAGCGAAGGAGAUGUAUGGUGGCCUGUUUCUGUCCUGAAUUCUACUGACAUCUUUACUUAUGUAGUGUCGAUGAGCUGGUUGCAACAGCAGCUGCGAGCUUGAAAACAGCUUCGGCUCUUAUGACAAGCAAAGCAAAGUUAUGAGUGACGAUUUCCCUGAACACUAGUGGUAAUGGAAGGCUAGCAGAGAUUACUGUCUGCGCGACCUCACUGGAAUAUGAAUCUAUUGUAUUUUUAUUGCAGUUGUAUAUGCCGCUGUAGGAUCUUCAUCUUAUACCUCAAACACAAAUUUGAUUGCUAGGGUGCCAAGUAGGAUGCUAGGAUAUCAGUCCACAAGAAAUA